CGUCUCGCAACUACAAAAUCAACGUCUUUCCAAGGUUCUGAGGGGAGUACGUAUGAAAGCAUUUCUAGUCACCAACCAAAAAUUGAUCUGGUAAAACUUUUAAAUUACUUAGUAAGGAUCUAAGAAUUAUAGGUUCAAUCAUGCGGUGAGAAAGUCUGCUCUCCAAAAGAAAAUUAAAAGAUGGAAAGUAUAAGCUUUGCCAUAAGGGAUCGAUGUAUAGACUUAAAGAUCCAGUAUUUUCUUGUCAUUGAAAAAACAUUUCUAAGUCACUUGCGCAAGCAGUUUGAAGUAAGAUAAGGUACUCAUGGUUCUUAUGCGACUUGAAGAAAGACAUGUCAUAAGUAAUAACUAACAUGUUUGCUGGAGUUGCCUCAGUGUAGGAAGUAGGAGAUACCAUUCUUUCAUUAUUUUUCUGUCAACUUUUUCAUAUAUAACUAUGGUCGAUUGGAAAGGCUGAAAGCCUCCUAAGUUUGAAACCCCUAGAUACUCAUCUUUGUGACUAAGCGGCAUGGAUUUUUAACUUCCACCACGUAGAACAACAAGGUUUGCCUGUCGCCGGUGGACCAACUUCCUAGAAAUUAGUCUGGACUUCGGCCAUAAAAGCCAGAUGAAUACAAGAUAGUAUAAACAAUUUAAAAUUCAUAUCUGAUCAUGACUCAUUAUUUAUUUUAUUUUUCUCUGAAAAUCUCUUUCUUAUAUCGAUAAUAAAAGAAUACAAAUAAUUAGGGUCCAAAAUAUCCUAGAUUGUUUUUCCUUUGUACGAAUAAUGAAAAUUUCCAAUUGUGAAAUUUCCAGGUAGCAAUUAAUUGGUAGUUUCCAGUAAGAUUCUUACUCGAAGUCUUUUUAGGGAACCAUAUCUUACUUUUCAAAGGUCUUUUGUGAAUUAUGCACAGAUGCUUAAAAAUGAACGAUAGCGAAGAUUAUUAGUCAUGCCACAAUCAUUUUCUGACAUUUUAAACUUUAAACGACCACCACGUAACAACUAAGAUUAACAACUCCGUAAAUACAAAGAAGCAUCCUUCUUUUUUUUCUUGUAACACAGAAGCAUCCCGUUUAAUUUUUGUUUUUAUAUAGCUUUCCAUUACACAUUUAAUUUCAACAUAGCUGAUUUUAUUUAUCUCAAGACUACUCAUUACACAUUUCCCUAUCUCUUAGCUCGUCUCUCAUGGCUUCUUCUUCCUCAUCUACGUCUCGCAACUACAGCUACAAUGUCUUUGCGAGCUUCCACGGUCCUGACGUCCGUAAAACACUUCUCAGUCACAUACGUGAACAGUUUACCCGCAGCGGGAUCACUAUGUUUGAUGAUCAGGAGAUUGUCAGAAGCGCAACCAUCGCCCCUUCUCUCACAGAAGCUAUAAGAGAAUCGAGGAUCUCGAUUGUGAUUCUCUCCAAGAACUAUGCUUCGUCAAGCUGGUGUUUAAAUGAAAUGGUGGAGAUAUUGGAGUGCAAGAAAGCUAUGGGGCAUAUAGUCAUGACAAUCUUCUACGGAGUGGAUCCUUCCGAUGUACGGAAACAAACCGGGGAAUUCGGGAUAGCUUUCAAUGAAACUUGUGCAAGUAAAACAAAGGAGGAGAAGCAAAGAUGGAGACAAGCUUUGAACGAAGUGGGUAACAUUGCUGGAGAAGACUUCUUAAGAUGGUCAAAUGAAGCAAAAGUGAUCAAGAAAAUUGCCAGAGAUGUUUCAGAUAAACUGAAUGCUACACCGUCUAGGGAUUUUGAUGGCAUGGUUGGACUUGAACCUCAUCUGAGAGAAAUGGAGUCUUUGUUAGAUUUUGAUGAUGAUGGAGUUAAGGUGGUCGCAAUCUCUGGUCCUGCAGGCAUUGGUAAAACUACCAUUGCUAGAGCAGUACAUAGCUUGCACUCUUAUAGGUUCCAACUUACUUGUUUUGUUGACAACCUUAGGGUAAGCCAUCCCAUCAGUUUUGAUGAGUAUGGUUUGAAGUUGCAUUUACAAGAAGAGUUUCUUUCAAAUAUUUUGAAACAAGAUGGUAUUAGGAUAUGCCAUUUAGGUGUGAUAGAAGAAAGGCUACACGACCAGAGAGUUCUCGUCAUUCUUGAUGAUGUGAACAAUAUAAAACAAUUGGAGGCGUUGGCUGGAGAUAUUUCUUGGUUUGGUCCUGGAAGUAGGGUUGUGGUUACCACAGAAAACAAAGAUCUUCUGCAUCAACAUGGUAUCAACAAUACCUACCAUGUGCGGUUUCCAUCUACAGGAGAAGCUCUUGAGAUCCUGUGUAGAUAUGCUUUUAGGAAUAGCUAUCCACAUGAUGGUUUUCAAGAGCUUGCAUUAAAAGUAACUGACCUUUGUGGUAACCUUCCGCUGGGUCUAUGUGUGGUGGGUUCAUCUUUACGUUGGAAGAAAGAAGACGAAUGGGAAGAUGUAAUGAAGAGGUUGGAAUCUGUUCUUGAUCGAGAUAUUGAGGAGGUACUAAGAGUGGGCUAUGAAAGUUUAGAUGAUAAUGAGCAAACGCUAUUUCUCCACAUUGCAGUAUUCUUCAACUAUGAAAACGGUAAUCAUGUGAAAACCAUGUUCGCUGACAGUGACUUGGAUGUCAAAUACGGGUUAAAAGUCCUUGAAAACAGAUCUCUAAUAGAGUUAUAUAACAAGAAAGAAACAAUAAAUAUGCACAGAUUACUACAACAAGUGGGUAUAAAAGCCAUCCAUAAACAAGAGCCUUGGAAACGUCGGAUCCUGAUAGAUGCUCCGGAGAUAUGUGAUGUUCUUGAACUCGCCAAAGGAACUAGAUUUGUCUCCGGUAUAUCAUUUGAUAUAUCUGAUGUCGAUGAAGUAUCUAUAAGCCCAAUAGCUUUUAAAAGAAUGCCAAAACUUCGAUUCCUCAGAGUUUACGAAAGCAAAGAAGGUGGGAAUGAUGUAAUUCAUGUACCUGAGGAGAUGGAGUUUCCGUGUCGUCUAAGAUUACUAGAGUGGAAGGCAUACCCAAACAAGUAUCUUCCUCCUACCUUUCAUCCUGAAUAUCUUGUGAAACUUGAUAUGCAAGGUAGCCAGCUAGAGUACCUCUGGCAAGGAACCCAGCCGCUUACAAAUCUCAAGGAGAUAGAUUUGCAGAGGUCUUUUCAUUUGAAAGAGCUCCCUGAUCUCUCAAAUGCUACAAAUCUUAAAGGAAUGUAUCUAAGUUAUUGCCAGAGCUUGGUAGAGUUUCCACCCUCUUGUUCAAGUCUUGAUAAACUAAAGGAUUUGUGGAUGGAUCACUGCACAAACCUACAAGUCAUUCCAGCUCACAUGAAAUUGGCAUCUCUUAAACGCGUCAGUAUGAAAGGAUGCUCAAGACUGAGACAUAUUCCAUUUAUGUCAACCAACAUUAGGCAGAUGGAUAUAUCAGAGACGGCGGUUGAAGAUGUGCCUGCGUCAACCAGCAUUUGCGCUCGUCCUAUGAUUUACUCCAUGAUCGGCUGCCAAAGGCUUAAGGAAAUAACACAUCUCCCUCUAUAUGUAACUGAACUAGACCUAAGAAAAUCUUCUGUUGAAAAGAUUCCAGAUUGCAUCAAAGAUCUUCGUCUACUACUUAAGCUAAAGAUCUCUGGAUGCAGAAAACUAACGUCAUUGCCAGAGCUCCCUUCUCAGCUCAUGCUCCUAUUUGCAAACGACUGUGAGUCACUCGAGGAAGUUGCUUCCCCAUUUCACAACCCGAAUGCGAAUAUGUCUUUCACCAACUGCUUCAGAUUGCGACAACAAGCAAUUAUCCAACAAUGGUUCUGUCUCGGGUCUGCUUUCUUGCCAGGAAGACAAGUACCUCCAGAGUUCGAUCACCGAGCUAGAGGAUGUUCCUUAACACUUCCUCAGUCUGCUUUCACCAGAUUUAAGGUUUGCCUCGUGCUCUUACCAAACAAUAAAAUCAAGGAAGAUAGAUCUUCACAACUGUUAUGUCGUCGCGUAGUCAACGGCGACGUGGCGAACUCUGAUGACAAGUCGUUCUACUUCAACAUAUCCAGUUGUCGAGCGGAACAUCUUUUUAUAUUUCCCUCUGGCUUGUUUGAAGAAGAAGAAGGCCUUCCUCAAGUUCACAGAGAGAUAGUGUUCGAGUUCAGCAGCAAAUACAACGACUUCGACGUUGUUGAAUGUGGUGCCAAGUUCUUGACAGACGAAAACAGCUAUGAAUCUGAAUCAGACCAAGCAGCGACGACAAUAGCCUCGUUCAUGGGAGCUAUGAAUGUGGAUCCAACGCCAAUAAUAGCAUCAUUGAUGAGAUAUGAGUCCAUGAUGGCCGAACAGAGCGAUGAAAGAGCUACGGUCCAACUAUUCAUAGUGAAUGUGGAUAACCAACACACAACUAGUUGUUGCCGCAAUAUCUCCUCCCUAGUCAGUUCUGUAUAUUCUCGAUACUAAUAAUAGGGAUGAUAGACGAAAAUAGCUGUGAAAAUUGAUGAUAACAUUUACAUUCCAAAAAAACCUAUGAACUGUAAAUUUCUGUUAUAUAUAGAUAUAUUUUUGUCAUGCUUUUCUUGCAUGUAUUGGCCAUGUCCUGUCAUGUUCAAAAUAUUCAAAAUAAAUAUCUCUUUGAACUUGGUCUGUUUUGAAUCUCUUUAAACAGCGUCUUGUAAGACUAAUCGUUAAAAAAUUGUUAUGGACUUAAAUACUAAUCACAGCAAGCCAAACUCAAAUACGUUUCACUUAAUAAUGUUUCAAAAAUAAGAUUAUUAAAAAUAGAGUUUUUAGUAAUUAAAUCACUCAACUAAAGAUGAAUCGUAAAAAAAAACCUCAACUAAAAAUUCUGUGAAAUUAACCUUCAACU